AUGUACGGAAAAGGUUUAGGAGACAUAUACAGCAUAAACUGCAAAGGCACUGAAAAUAGUCUGGAAAAGUGCGAUCUCGGUGAGAGUCCUUCCUGCGUUCACGAAGAAGAUGUUGGUGUCAUCUGCAACAGCCCUGGAAACAUAACACCACGUCUUGUGAGAGGAAGGAGCUGGUCUGGCCUGUUGGAAGUUUUGUAUGAUGGAGUGUGGAGUACAGUCUGCAGUCGUGGCUUUGGACAUAAGGAAGUGAAGAUUGUUUGCAAUAUGAUUAGGCAUCGUUUCAUUAACAGCCCUCUCGCUGUCGCUAUGUCUUUCCCGUUCUACUUCAGGGGAAGAGAUGAAGACAGCAUUUUAUUUAGCGACCUGGACUGUGAUGGUACAGAUACCAGAUUAGCUCAGUGUAAACACAGUGGCUUCUACAACCACACCUGCACUCACGACGAUGAUGUCAGCGUAAACUGCGCGCUCGAUGGGGUCUAUCGUCUUGCUGGCCCACGGCGCACCAGAGAUGACAUGGGACGUUUGGUGAUCCUUGUGGGUUCGUUGUCACGAAGAAACGACUGGGGAAGGGAAGAGAUUAUUUUGCCACGUAUGUGGAGUGGAGUCUGUGGCAACAAUUACUCUCCCAUCACUACUGCCAGAGUCAUCUGCAAGCAGCUUGGCUACCCUUCACGCAACGCCAUGCUUGUUCCUGGAUCGUCGUUUGGGCCGAUGAAUUCGUUUUGGAUAACAGAGGUUAACUGUACAGGGGACGAAAUUAGUAUGACUGCUUGUGUCCAGCUUAUAACUGGCUACAGUUCAUCUUGUCCUACACAAGACAUCGGCGUCGUCUGCAGCGACUCAAACUCUGGUCUUUAUAUACUUCUUGAAACAUUUGGAAAAGACGAUGCCUACCCUCCGUUUGAGGGCAGUAAUGUAAGUUUCAAGUGUGAAGGUACAAAGAAAAUUGAUUCAGCGGCCAUCUACACCUGGACAGAGACUGCAGGUGGACGUCCUUCUGGGGCGAACCUCAUCUUUGACUCUCUGACAAAAGAAAAUAGUGGACGCCGAGUUAAGUGUGAAGCACACUUUUACUACAAUGGUAGUAGCCAUGAGAAGCUGUCUAGUGAAGCAAUAAAACUGCAGGUUUAUUACAAACCGUUGAUCAAAAUUACAUCUGAUGUUAACACCUGCCAGCCCCAUGCAACUUCAGACACUUGCUACAUCACUAAGGGUCAUAAUGUUACACUCAUGUGUUCAGCUGUGAGCAACCCUCCUCCAGUAUCAUUUGAGUGGCUUAACAAAACCAUGGAAACCAGGGAGAAACUAAAUAUUAUUUCAGCAAAUGCCUCUAGACACGAAGGCCUCUACAACUGUACAGUCCAGACGAAGUCUGAUGAUUACGACAAACGACUGCCAUUAUCAGCAUCCUACGUGUUUACUAUCAUCGUUCAAGAGCCACCAGUUGUAUUAGGAUUUACUGCGAAUGGUGAGGACAACACGACAAUAAUUGUCGACGAGAAUUCUAAUGUCAGCCUGUCAUGCGAAGCUGCCGGUAGACCCAAACCUCACAUGGUCCUGAGAAGUGGUGCAAACAGUCGUGAACUGAACAGAAUUGCUCAUGACGAUUCACAAUUAACAGAAAAAACAUCGAACAUAAACUUUUUCAUACAUAAAAUUAGGUGCCAGGACUCCGGUGCUUACAGAUGUGAAGCAGAUAAUUCAGUAGGCCAUGAAAAUAGGACUCUAUUCAUACUUGUGCCCUGUGCUCCAAGACUCAGAGAUUUGCAAGGAGAACUUCCACCUGUAACAAUUAUUAAUUUUAAAGAGUCUUUCACUUUAGAACUGAUAGCCUACCCACCACCGGAGGUUAAACAAAUGUAUUAUGGACCAGUGAGCGACACGCUAGGAGGCCAACUAAAGGACCUAUUACAUGUGACCUGUGGUGCAAAAACAUUUGCACCUAGCUUGUUUACUUGUAACAUUACUGUUGUCAAUAAGAGUGAUGACGGAGUCUACCGGAUUGUUUUUGAGAACGACCAUGGACAGUUGCCUUUUAAUUUUACAAGGAAAAUUCUCAGUAAGUAUUUAACUUACUGUCCAACAGUAGCUUCGUGAUGCUGAUGACAUAUACACUCAACAAUUUCAAGUACACAUUAGCAAAAACAUAAAAACAAUACUCAACAGUCCUCCGGCCUUUACCAUCAUGUUCAGUCCUACUGCCAAUUAACAAUUUGUUUACAUUUGUUUUACCAGUUUUAUUUAUUUGUUUCCGAAAGGCAAGAAAUUGAAGUCUUCAGGAUGUGGCGCAGGUGAGUAGAACACUUUAGAGACUCAAAUAUAAUAGAGUGGCUUUAUUUCUUACCUUCAUCAGCAGGUAUUUGAGUUAAAGCUUGUCUUUAAAGAUCAGACAGUGACAAGA